AUGGAGAAGCUUAUUAGGGCUUGCGACAAAGAAUACAUGAGGAUGACCAUGCUAAAACACCAAUACACUUUCAAAGAACAGGUGUACGAGCUUCACCGUUUGUAUCGGAUUCAGAAGAUAUUGAUGAAAAAUAUGGAUGCUAACAGAGGUAUUGAAGUAAACCAACGAGGAUGGAACUUAAAAAAUGUGAUUAGUCUAACUCAAAAUUGUUAUUAUAAAGGUGCAGAGAAAAAUCCUAAAUUGAAAUUUAAUCUGGAGAUAUCUGCUAUGGAGGACACUGCAGAAUCUGACAGCAAUGGAGUUCUAGAGAUUUUAAACGAGACCGAGAUUGAGAUGACGCUAGGCCCUUCAUGUUACAAUCGUAAGAAAGUGGAGACACUGCUAACUUCAGAGUCAACACAUAGCUUGUCUUCUUCUACUACUGGAUCCAACCUUGUAAACGAGACAAAAUUGAAGACCCAUCAUAGAAUCAUUCAACUAUGGAAAAAUUAA